CAGACAGUGGACCAGCGAGACGGGGAAAGGGGAUAUAUAAAUAUAUCUUCAUAUAUAGAAGGAGACAGACGGAUACACGGAGGCUCCAUAUCGAGGACACACAGCGGGAUAACUGCUGACAUGGACGUGUCAGUCUGACCAGCUCCAGACAGUCACGCUCUCCAACAGGUCCAACGCAGCCGCAGGCAUGUCGACGGCAGAAGCAGCCGGGCAGCGCGAGGAAGGGGAGUACGGAAGGGCGGCAAAGCGGAUGAAAACGGAGGAGAGGGAGACAGAGGCGGAGGAGAGAGAAGAGGGUGAAGAGGAGCUGGAGGAGGGGGAGGAUUCGGACUCCGGCUCGCUGCCCGGUAACGGAGAGUCAGCGGUGGACAGCCGAGCCCGGUGGAGCGCCAGCCAAUACGGAGGAGGAGUCGGACGAAGGGACAAUGGCAAGGACUCCCAUCGUAUCUCUCCCAGCCCUGUGGUCCAUGUCAGGGGUCUGUGUGAGGCCGUGGUGGAAGCAGACCUGAUAGAUGCCCUUGAGAAAUUUGGACCCAUAUGUUAUGUGAUGAUGAUGCCAUUCAAGCGUCAGGCCUUGGUGGAGUUCUCUGCAGUGGAGAGCGCCGACUGUUGUGUUUCCUGUGGAGCCAAGGAGCCUGUAUACAUCGCAGGUCAACAGGCGUACUUUAAUUACUCCACAUCCAAGAGAAUCACCAGGCCAACCAAUGCUGACAACCCCAACAGUGGCAACAAGGUCCUCCUGCUGUCCAUACAGAACCCCCUCUACCCUAUAACCACGGAUGUUCUGUACACUGUGUGUAACCCCAUUGGCAGUGUCCUGAGGAUUGUCAUCUUUAAACGAAAUGGAAUCCAGGCUAUGGUGGAAUUUGAGUCCAUUCAGUGUGCACAGAAGGCCAAAGCUGCUCUGAACGGAGCUGACAUCUAUGCUGGUUGCUGUACACUCAAGAUUGAAUAUGCAAGGCCAACACGUCUGAACGUGAUUAAGAACGACAAUGAGAGCUGGGACUACACUAAACCAUACCUGGUCAGACGAGACCGUGGAAAGGGCAGGCAGAGACAGGCCAUUUUAGGAGAACAUCCAUCAUCCUACAGUGAUAACGGCUAUGGUCCACCCUGCCCCCUGCUGCCUCUGCCUGGCAACAGCAGGUACAAGCUCGCCUCAGUGGAUGUUCCAGACAUGGUGUCCUACCCUCUACCCCAGUCAUCAUCCUCAUACUCUAGCCAUGCCCCCAGCUCCGUUGCCAUGGUGAGUGGCCUCCAUCCAUCCAAGAUGAACUGCACCCGCAUCUUCAAUCUCUUCUGCCUCUAUGGAAACAUUGAGAAGGUAAAGUUUAUGAAGAGUGUUCCUGGCACAGCGUUGGUUGAGAUGGGAGAUGAGUAUGCUGUGGACAGAGCCAUCACACAUCUCAACAGCAUCAAGGUGUUUGGCAAGAGACUCAAUGUCUGUGUGUCUAAGCAGCAUGCAGUGAUCCCCAGUCAGGUGUUUGAGUUAGAGGAUGGCAGCAGCAGCUAUAAGGACUUUGCCAUGACCAGGAACAACCGCUUCAGCAGCGCUGGACAGGCCUCCAAAAACAUCAUUCAACCACCAUCUGCAGUGCUCCACUACUACAACGUUCCUCCAUGCAUAUCCCAGGACCAUUUACUGAGGCUGUGUACGGAGCAUGAUGUGCCGGGCUUCGUCAAAUUCAAGAUGUUUGAUGCCAAACCCUCCUCUAAGACCAUCUCUGGCUUGUUAGAGUUUGACAGUAAGACAGAGGCUGUGGAGGUUCUUACUGUUCUCAACCACUACCAGAUCAGGAUACCCAAUGGGUCCAACCCAUACACCCUGAAGCUGUGUUUCUCCACCUCGUCUCAUCUAUAAAAAGUUGCACAGCCUGCUGAGCCUGAUGAUGGCUGACCUCUGACCUGGGAGAGGGACCACGAGAGACAAAUGGAGGAAAAGUGAAAGAAGAAGAGACUGCAUGACUGGUGCCCUUUUAAGGUGAUAAAGAAGAUGGAAAUAAAAAGAAAGAAAAGACACUGUCAUUGUCUCCACAUUGAACAUCAAACCUGCACCCAUCAUCCCACCUUCCAAUAACAAGCCAACAAGCGGACAGACUAGUGACUGUCUUAAAAACCCUAAUAGUGCUUCUACUGUCAUGUCGGACAACUGGAGUACUCUGCUCAUGUUUGUCCCAGAUGCCUUCACUGCAUGGUAAACUUGUCUUUAGCUGUGGACCUAGACUGGCAGACAAACAGACAGUGUUGGUCUGACAUCUGUGCACAUGGCACUUGGUGACUGAAAUAAUAUUUUAAUGUGGCACUCUUGAUGAUUUCAGUCCCGGUUGUUUUGGCGACACCCGUAGUUACUGUUGGCAAAAGUAAUUGCAGUUUAAUACUACAGGUCACAUUAUUUUGGGACAAACUACUAUUAAUUAAUUAAGAGGUCAGGCAAUAGUUGGCCUUCUUCUAUCACUCUGUGAGCGACUAUGAUUUGACAGGGACAGUCAGAGGAGUUGGUUAGCUCUCUGAUAAGCUGGACACAGCUCGCUCUGGCUGCUCCUUCUCGUCCCUUUGCUCUCUGUAAUAGGAAAAAAGGUUUGCCUAAAAUGACUGUUUUGUAUAUGUAUUUUUGAUGGGCGAUAGGGGUAAGUGCAAAACUCACUGACAAACACAUUGCACUUCUUAUGACUACUUCACAAUUAAAGUCUACUCAUGUUUUGCCAGUUAAAUGCUUUGAAUGCCAAGCUGCAGCAGUAGUAAAUGUUUGGUUUGCAUUAGCACUGACUUAAUACAGCAUUUUUUUUUUCUUUGCAGGAAUGUCGACACCGACAUCCAGUCCGUAAUACUACAAAUAUUUAAAUAUUGCAAUACAUUCAUCAGUAAGCCAUAGGCUCAAUCACCAUUGUGUUACCUCAUUCAGUGAUGGAUAGUGACUUAACAGACAUUUAUAUAAAUGAAAAUCUUCGACAUUCUAACUUUAAUGUUUAAAAAAACUGGUAGUGUGUUGUUUUGGAUUGUCAUUGAACAUAUACAGUAAAUGUGGAUACGAUUUUAACACAAGUUCUUAUUUAGAGUUCAUUCGUGCUACGUGAAGUUUUUGCCUUGGCAGCUGUAAGGCCUAAGGACAGAGGUGACACUCCACUGUACGCUCAAGCACUAUGGCCAAAGUGAGAUGACUCCACUACUGGCCAGUUGUUAUGCUGUGGAUAUUGAUGGUCCCCAGAGGAAGGCUCUGAACAGUUUUGGUGAUCCUUUGACCUGACUUAUCCUCUAUCAUCAGCAUAAGGUCAGAAUUUUCAGACCACACUUUGGUCUAUUACAUGGUUACUGGAAACUAAUGGCAUAAUCUCUAUGAAUAUUCAUAUUUCCUAAAGGACAAAUUCUAAUGUUUUUGAAAACUUACUGUCUCUUCAGCCCCACCUUCAGCUUCCCCACGUCACCAAAUGUUGAACCUAGACACAAGAAAUAUCAGAGAAAUAUGGGCAGAUUGUCAAAAAUUACUGACCAGGUUCAUGUUCCAAAAGACAUGAACCGUCAUGAUUUUAAUGCUUCUGUGAUCUUUAUUUUAGCACCACCCUCAGGACUUUUUCAGCCACACUUCUGAUGAGGCUCUAAGAAUAGUAAAGUAAUUAUUGUGUUUUUCUUCUGUCUUUCAAAUUGUAGGGCAAAUGAUUUGGGCAACUAAAGUACGAUUGCAACAAUGUAAAAAACAAACUGUUGAUGUAAACAAUGUGGGGGUUUCUUCCUCACUGCCCUGCUCUUCGUGUUCUACAUGCUUGAUGUUGGUUUUCACUAAAUAUAGACUGAUAAAUGUUGGCUUUAGUUCUUCAGUCAGCUGCUUCCUGUCUGCAUGUGACUUCCUCCAAUCUGUGGUCCGUUUGCUGUUUAAAUGUCAAUUAGGCAUUUGCUGACUCGUCCUGAGUCAUUAUAAAAGCCCAACAAGUUGCUUAUUGUUACAGUAGAGCUGCUGCUACUUCAACUGACUCUUCGUUAAAGCCACAUUUCUCAGUUACCGUUCCUGUGCCUGUCAAGCUUUUCCUUCCGGUACUGCACAUGUGGAGUGCACAGUGAUAACAGUGGCACGUUUACCAUCAAAAAUUGCAGUAAUAUCUGAAACACAAGGUCUUCAGUUCCUCGCAGAUGUAAACAAAAUCCGGAUUCUCACUUCCAGCUGAUGACUGUGGAUUUUGUUAACUAAAAUGAUGACUCACUGGCAGAAUUUAUAAGUGUAGCUAGCUAAUGUAAGCUAAUGCUUAUGCUUGUAGAUGUCCAGCUGACGUUUCCAUGUGCCAUAUAUUUUAGAUAUAUACUUAAUGGCUGCAUAUAUGAUAUAAUGCUAAAAGACAAAGGCUAAAGCUACAUUACCCAGGCGUAACAACAACAUCCUCACCAGUUGUUGAUCUAGGUCAUGUGUACAAGGGAGCAGCAUUGCUUGUGUAUUUCAGAUUAGAGCUGCUUCGCCCAUAGUAUGGUAUUAAAAAUAAAAUGGAAAAAUAAUAAAAUGGAGGCUUAUUAAAAUGUUGUUCAUUCUAUCAUAACCUUUGAUUCAUUUGGAUACUUACUUUCGAAGAAAUUCUUACUUGCACAAGCAAUACAGCGGUUAGUUUUAGGCUAUGCUUUGUUCGUCAUUUGAGAGGGCGUGCUGCACUUUUACAAGAGAGAAGGUUUUGAGGAUAUGAAAAGCUAGCCAUGAGUUUGGCAAAUACAAUUGUAUGUAAUGCAAGUUUGGCUGGAGUUGCUGGAGUGGAACCAAAAAAAUCAAAGAGGAGGACUGAGCUGCUGUAUUUGGAUGUACCACUUGGUUACCACUGUAGGUAAUAAGCUAGUUAGCCAGACAUGCUAACAUUUGCCGCUUAUUUUAGAGCAGAUAAAGACAACAUUUAAUCCAUUUCUUACAUGUUUGCGCUUGUGUUUUAGGUUUCUGAAAGACUACAAAAAAGACGCCGCCCUCCAAACUAUUGAGAUUCAGAGUAUUGCUGUUCUAAGAGCCUCAUGCACACUGCAUCAACAUGCAGAGAAGUGCAAAGCUUGACAGGUCUGCAGGUGCAGGUUACAGAUAGGCAGUCAUAUCGAUUAGCUGCUGGUCUGAGGAUUGGUUGAGGGACUGGUCAGUUAUUGCCAGUCAUUACUGUUUAGAUAAUGCUGCUGGUAAACGUGUGUAGUAAAAAUACAGAAUGGCAAGUCAGGCAUCAGAAUCUGACCAUGAGGUCUACUUGCUUUCCUAACCCUGCGUGUAUAUAAGCACAGUCAGAUUUGUUUGUUAGAUGCUUUGAUCAGAGAUGUUGGACCAAAUGUGUCAAACUAUAAGACUGUUAUUUAAAGAACAGCUCUAUUUUUUAUCAUUACUUCCUUAAUGUGAUGUAUUUCCUCUUUAAUGAGUUGGGGUGGCACACAGGGAUGGUUAAUUCAUCAGUGUUAACCAGUGGUUCAUAUUCGAUAGGAUCAGCAGACAGGAAGGAUUGUUGAAACAUUUGUGAUGACUGUAUUGGUUGGACUCAAUACACCCACUAGUGCAACAUGAAAGCAACACUGAAGAAACACCAUUUCUACUAAGUGGCAGUUUUCCAGGAAUUUCAAGGGCCCAUUUCAUGGAAUCUUUAAUAGUUUAGGCCACACGUCCUAUCAGGAAACAUGGAACAGUUUACUCAUCACCUUACUUGCUGUGAUUUGAGGUCUGCUGUGCUCAGUUCUCUCAUUAACAGUUGAGUCCAUGGUGCAACCUGACACAAGAGAGAUUUUACCUAAGUCCAGUUUAACCUUUUAAAAGAGGGCUGAGUGAAUCUGAAAUAUCUAAAAGCACUGCUUUUUAAAAUGGAGUGCAUAACUACUGUAAGACCAGUGUCAGUGUCAACAUAGAACCAGGGAGUAGCUCUCCUGUUUUACAUUUAAUCUUCCUUAAAAAUAGACCAAUCGUACCUUCAAACUCAGUAUGUACUGUAUCAAUUUUUAAAAGUGAAUCAAUGUCACAUCUGUGCAGAAAAUAUUUACGUUCAUUUCAAAAUACAAAUAUAAACUGUAUCUAUUUGCACAGUGCAUGAAAAACUACUGGAAUUGCAUAAUACUGAAGAACAUUUUGUUUUGUCAUAUUAAGUGGCAUAUUAAUUUUUUCUUGCAAUAUUUUAGAAUCUAAUGCUCAUACAAGUUUUUUUGGAUUUUGCAUAAAACAUAUGAAUAAAUAGGCUACCUAAAGUCUGGAAGAUGCCUAGAUUCCUUUUGGAGGCACAGAAUGGAUGAUUGGACACACUGGACUUCUUGGAGGCCAGUUCUUUGGUUAAGCACAGUAACAAAAAGCAAAUUGUCUCUGCUCCAUCCUGUAUCUCAUAUAGGAGGUGCAGGUUUUACUGCUCCGAGCCUUUCUUUUGGUAGGAUCCACCACACUUGUGAAUAAGGCUUACAUUUUGUACAUAAUAUGUAAAUAAGGAAAAGGUGUGAAAGGUUUUGACAGAUGAAUCCCACUUUGUUUGCAGUUAAAUUAUUGUUAAUUUAGAUGUUGUUUGUACAUGUCUUGCAUCACUUGAAUCUUACUGUAUUUCUAAGGAGGUUUUUAUUUGGACUUUUUUUUUUUUGUUUAGGUUUUUUUGAGCCUUUAAGGUGGUUUGAAAAAUGAGGGCUGUUGUUAUUCUGAAGCUGAUAUGAGACAGAUCUGCAGAUAUUACUAUAAAGUUUUGAUGUUGUUAAUAGUUGGUUAUCACUAAGAAAACACAUACACCUAUAUUGUUCCACUCAUUUAAGAAUCUCUAUGGUUGUGACUUGUAUGUACAUGUUGAAAUUGA